AUGAAUAAAAUGGAUAUUGAAAUAGAAAGACCUCGAGUUUUACCUGAUUCAUGUGCAGUAGUUUUACGUUAUGUACCAACAGAUUUACCAAGAGAAUUUGUUAUUCAGGAAAUAUUAAAAUCAAUUAAAUCAGCUGUACAAUUUUCAAAAAUAAAUUAUCAUCGUCCUAGAGCUACAGAUGAUUUUAGAUUUUGUAUUAUCGACGAGAAUGAAUAUGAAGAGGUAUUAAGUAUUGGUCGUUUAGCUAUUGGUCAUGUACUUUUACCAAUAACUGCAUUUAUACCUGGUCUUAAAAUGACGUAUUGUAAUAAUUGUUGGGAGUUGGGCCAUACUCGUUAUCAAUGUAAAGUUGGUCCACGCUGCCGAAAAUGCUUAGAUUCAUGGAAUUAUAAUCAUACAUGUCAAAAAGCAGUAGUAUGUGCUCAAUGUCAAGGUCCACAUGCUUCUCUUAGUACGGAAUGUCCAGUAGUUUUACAUUAUCGUCGUACAUUAAAAGAAGAAGUAAAUAAUGCAGUUAAGGAUGGGUGGUUAAAUCAGGGCAAGGUGGACAAUAAAGGUGGUGCAUGUAAUGUUGGUGGUGGUGAAUUAGAUUAUCCAGCACUUAAUCUUAAACCAACAAACAAACCACGUUUAGCGUGGGUAGAAGUACAAGCAGCAUCAAGUAAUUUACAAAAUUUUCAAGGAAUAGAUCAACUAGGUGAACUUGCUACACAAAUGAAAUUGGUCUUAGAUAGUACACGUAGAAUGGAAUUAAAACUCGAUAACCAGGUUAUGCAAAUGGAUUUAUUAGAAAAAAAAUCCUGUAUUAAUAAUCAAGCUAUUUUUGUUCUAGCAAAUAUUAUGCAACAAAUGAUCAAUGCAUCGUUGGAAAAGAAAAAUAAACAACUCCUAUUACAAAAGAUUGUUCAACAACUUGAAGAUUUUAAAGAUGAUCUCAAAGUAAAAUUUAAUGCCCUCUCCAUCGACAUUGAUCAUCACCAUCAACAACAACAACAAUCAAAAUCAACAUUAGCAACAUCACCUUCAAUUCCUAUUAGCAGAAUUACAAAUCAAACAUCAACAUCAACAUCAACAACAACAACAAUACCGAUUAACAAAGGUAAAAACGUUCCGGUGGAUUUUGAGCAGUCGAUGGAAAUAACUGAUGACUAGUAACAGUAACAGUAAUUUGUCCUUGUUAAAUGUUCAUGUUUCUCCUUUUUUUCCCUCUCACAGUUUUUCAUAUUGUUCAUCCUCGAUUGAUGUAAUAGGCACCGUGAUUCAAAAGGUCAUAGGUUGGGGUUUCUCUUCUAGUAUAUUACAACUGAUAAUUGAGAUUAUGAGUGAAUGGUAUUCAGGGAAUACGCUAAAUGGUAUUCUUAAUCUAUGGGAAAAGAAAAAACCUCUGUCAGCAUGUCAACAAUUUCCUCUAAAUGUUCUUGUAUAUAAUGUUCAAGGGUGGGGAACAAGAGCCUUAGAAUCAAUGGAAUUAAUAUUUAAAUCGGAUAGUUCUAUCGGUAUUUUUACAGAAGUUGGAGAACUGUGGAACAGUUUCAGUAUUCCCCAUUUUAAUAUGUUUUAUCAGCGAGGUACAAAUAGUAAAGGUGGUGUGGUGGUUGCGGUAGGAAAACAUCUUAAAGCAACUCGAAUUGAUAUAAAAACAGAGAACACUGUGAUAGUGGAUAUUGAUGGUUUAACUGAACCAGUUAGGGUGAUCGGAGUUUAUUGGCCUCACAGCCAAAAUCGAAAUCUAGAUGAAUUAUCACCUUUCGUAACAGGAAGAACGGUUCUAGCUGGAGAUUUUAAUGCUUCAGUUUAUGAAUGGAAUAGUCCUUCCACUGAUGCAAGAGGUCUUCUGUUGAAAAGAUGGAUAGAGAAAAUGAACUUGUUUUUUAUAUCUGGAACAAAAAAUUCGUCUA